CCGCCCCACUUCCGCCCCGAGGGAGGUCGCCCGCGUGACGCCAUCGCGGCGCGUCGUCUUCGCAUUCGGCCCCGCCCGGAGCAGCCAUGAGCGCGGCCGGCGGCGGAUCCAGGCCGGGCCGGGCGCCCGCCCAGCGCCGCCCGCCCGCCCCGCCGCUCUUCGAGGACACCAGCCGCGCCGCCGCCCCCGCGCCCGUCUCCAGCCUGGCCGCCGCCUACGGCAGCUCCCUGGCCAGCCAGGGCAAGGCGCUCGUCGACCGCAACAUCGAGCGCCUGGUGCCGGUGGGCCGGCUGAAGUACUACUUCGCGGUGGACAGCCUUUACGUGGGCAGGAAGCUGGGCCGCCUCCUCUUCCCCUUCCUGCACCAGGACUGGCAGGUGCAGUACCAGCAGGACAGGCCCGUGGCCCCCCGCUUGGACGUCAACGCCCCGGACCUCUACAUUCCAGUCAUGGCAUUCAUCACCUACAUCCUGGUGGCAGGGCUGGCUCUGGGGACGCAGAACAGAUUCUCCCCUGACCUGCUGGGCCUGCAGGCCAGCUCGGCCUUGGCUUGGCUGAUUGUGGAAGUCUUGGCCAUUCUGCUGGGUCUCUACCUUGUGACAGUCAACACCGAUUUGACCACAAUCGAUUUGGUUGCCUUCUCAGGGUACAAAUACGUUGGGAUGAUUGUGGGCCUUGUGGCUGGGUUGCUUUUUGGGAAGACGGGCUACUUCCUGCUGCUGAGCUGGUGCUGCCUCUCCAUCUUCGUCUUCAUGAUCCGGACACUGCGCCUGAAAAUCCUGUCUGAGGCAGCUGCAGAAGGGGUGUUGGUACGGGGGGCUAAAAACCAGCUGCGCAUGUACCUGACAAUGGCUGUGGCUGGCCUACAGCCACUCUUCAUGUACUGGCUCACUUUCCACCUGGUCCGCUGAGGCUGGUGAAUUUCCAGCUGGGAGCCAGCCACCAGACUGCAACUCCAGACUUCUUUAGUGUGGGGGGGGGGCGUGCACAAGGCAGACUCUUCUGUCCCUCCCUUCCCAGCUGUUGAAGUCAGCAUUUGGCCUUUGGCUGGCUGUCUCCCACCCACCCCCUCCCGCAUGGACCUCUUAGUUUGCUGGAUGGCGGUGGUUUGGGGUGGGGGGUCCCGGUUGCCUCCUCGUGUCUGUUCAUGUCCUUAAUUGUUUGUGUGCCAGUGUUACUGGCGGGGGCAGAAUCUCCAGUACCACCUUUGUGUUAAAUUCCACAAGUUUGGGUGUUGUCUGGUAGGUAACUUCUGUACCAACAUCAAGCUAAUAAAGAGAAAACCUCCCAGGCUG